AUGGAAGCCUCCGACACCCCCGCCCCAGUCGUGCCGUCGUCGCCAGCGUUCAUCAGCCGUCCCGGUCCUGUGGGCGGAUGCGGUGAAGGGGGUUUCCAAACUUUUCUUCAUGGCAAGUAUUUAUCAUUUCCCAGUUAUGCAUGCGCUGAUUCGUUCUCCGGUUCCAGUUCGAUGACUUCUACUCACCGGACACUGGGACGCAAUGCAGUUGGUAUUAUGGAAGCCUCUGAUCCCCUCGCCACAGUCGUGCCAUCGCAGCCAGCGCUCGUCAGCCGUCCCGGUCCAGUGUGCGAGAGCGGUGAAGAGGUCUUCCAACCCGUCGCCGCCGGCAAGUAUACUAGCAACUUGCACAAUUCAACAAUUGACUGCCUCCCUGCUUCCAGCUCAAACUUACAUAGACUACCUGCUCUUCGAAACGUUUUAAAAAUUCACGUUUGUUAUCAGAACGCUGGCGGUAUGAAUUCAUGCUUGGAGAACUACCGACUAGCCUGUUCGGACGACUGUUUUGAUAUCAUCGCAUUAACAGAAACUUGGCUGACCGAAAAUACGCUGUCCAUACAAGCAUUCGAUAGCAACUACGAAGUAUUUCGAACCGAUCGCAGCUCCCGCAAUAGUAACAAAAUCAUCGGUGGUGGAGUUCUUGUUGCUAUUCGUCGUCGUUUGAAAGCACAACUUUUGCAGAACGCUUCUGAAAACAACGUUGAGCAGGUAUGUGUGAAGAUCAGUUUGAAUGAUAGCUCAUCAUUAUUUCUCUGUGUGGUUUAUCUUCCACCGGACCGGAUACGUGACCUGUCACUGAUCGAUACGCAUAUACAAUCGAUAGACGAAAUUACUUCCGUUCAUAUGCGACCUAGUGAUGAAAUCCUUAUUAUCGGUGAUUUCAAUUUUCCCGGCCUGAAAUGGAUCCCCGCUUCGGACGGUUUCCUGUAUGUAGAUCCGUUACAUUCAUCCUUCCACACUGGUAUCACGAACUUGCUUGACCGAUACAGUCUCAACCUGUUACGUCAAGUGAAUCACGUUCAAAAUGAGAAUGGCAGAAUACUCGACCUCUGCUUCUCGAGCCAAUCCGAUUGUGCACCCAGAAUUAUCGCAGCACCCUUUCCUCUGGUGAAAUCCGUUAGACACCACCCUCCGCUCCACAUUGUACUCGAAUCAGAUGGAUCGUCGCACGACCGAUAUAAUUCUCGCAUCGUCAGCUACAAUUUCAAAAAAGCCGACUACAAUAGUAUCAUUGUUUUUCUUUCUAACUUGACCUGGAGUGAAAUUCUUGACAACGACGAUGUUAAUCUUGCGACUCAACCCUUUUCUAACGUUAUGACGUAUGCAAUCGAUCAAUACGUUCCUAAGCGAAUUAUCCAGCCCUCCAAACAGGCUCCGUGGCAAACCGCAGAGCUAAUACGUUUGAAAAGUUCAAAAAGGACCGCAUUGAAGAAAUACUCGAAGAAUGGCGGCUUAGUGUUUCGACAAAAUUACAUGCAAAUAAAUAAAGUAUACAAAAAGACAGCCAAGCGUUGCUACUCUAACUAUUUGCGCAAUGUGCAAAGGAGGCUAAAGUCCGAUCCAAAAUCAUUUUGGAAACAUGUAAAUGAGCUAAGAAAGGAAUCGGACCUACCCUCGACAAUGUUUUACGAACAACAAACUGGUUCCUGCACGCAAGAGAUAAGCGAUAUGUUUAGGAAAAAAUUUUCCAGCGUUUUUUCUAGAGAGACCUUAAGCCCGUACCAAAUCUCUCAGGCGGCUCUUAAUGUUCCCAUAUCGAGCCAGUCUUUGAAUUUAAUCAAUAUCGACAUCGACACUGUACUAACGGCAAUCGUAAAACUUAAACCUUCACACUCGCCUGGACCCGACGGUAUUCCGGCAGUUGUCUUGAAAAGAUGUUCAAGUGCAAUAGUAACUCCCUUAUGCCAACUGUUUCAACUAUCACUCACGACCGGAGUCUUUCCCGUUAUGUGGAAAUCUUCCUACAUGUUUCCAGUUCACAAAAAAGGAGACAAAAAGAACAUUGACAAUUAUCGUGGAAUUACUGCCCUAAGCGCCAUACCUAAAUUGUUCGAAUUAGUAGUCCUUAAACCAAUUUUCGACCACUGUAAACAAUACAUCGCGGAAACUCAACACGGAUUCAUGCCGAAACGCUCCACUGCUACUAAUCUCUUAUCUUUUACGACGUACAUAAUGGAUGCUAUGUCUAAUGGCUUCCAAACGGAUGCUAUUUACACGGAUCUCUCCGCAGCUUCUGAUAAAAUCAAUCACGCUAUCACGAUCGCCAAACUGGAUAGUGACUUUAACAGCGAAAUAACACAAGACAUGAACAACACGAUUGACACUCCUUAUAACUACGACGACGCUGACGAUAAAAACCCUUACAAUAGUUCAAUUAAUGGAAGCGGAAACAGUGGCGACGAUAAAAACUCCUACAAUACUUCAAUCAAUGAUAAGAAAAUAUCUGAAAAUAUCACCAUUGAUACCAACAAUAUCACCAAUAUGAACACGCCUACAAGUGAAGUCGUUAAAACAGUAUUCAAUACCAUCAACAACAAUUUUAUGGAAAUAAUCAAUCUCAGCGACAUAACAUCCAACUUAAACUAUAAUCAUAUAAUAUAUGGAAGCUCCCCGAAAGCUUUUUCCAACUUCAAAUAA